UUCCUUCCAAAAUCCAAACGCGUUCUAUUCAAUUCAAUUCAAUUAAAUCGAAAGUGAAAGUGUAUGAAAGAAUAUAUGCUCUUUAUAUAUACACAGAGAGGUAAAAAGCUAAAUCAAUAGUAAUAAACCUCAAAAAUCAUCUUUCAAAGUUGAUGAAUAUGGAUUCAACAUAUUCACGUAACAACAAAUCUUCAAAACCCUCUUUAUUAUCAUCCUCCAUAAGAAAAAUCCACCUUUACUUCCUUCUUGUUUUUCUUUGCACCGCCUUUUAUCUCUUAGGCGCUUACCAACAAGGCGCACGUUUCACCUCUCUCUCCAAAACCACCAUUACACCACCAUCAUGCAAUCUCCAAACCCCGAAAACCACUCUCGAUUUUCAAUCACACCACAAUGUCACUGCAGAUAUCACGUCUUUAUCCAAAACUAUUGUCUUCCCUCGCUGCAGCGUGAAUUUCACAGAAUACACGCCGUGCGAGGAUCCGACAAGGUCUUUAAGAUAUAAGCGUAGUAGGAUGAUAUUUAGGGAGAGACAUUGUCCGAUUAAAGGGGAGGAAGAUUUGAAGUGUAGAGUUCCGCCGCCUUACGGUUAUCGGAAUCCCUUUCCGUGGCCUGCUAGUAGGGAUGUUGCUUGGUAUGCUAAUGUGCCUCACCGUGAACUCACUGUUGAGAAAGCUGUUCAGAAUUGGAUCCGUUACGACGGUGAUCGGUUCUUUUUUCCCGGCGGUGGAACGAUGUUUCCUAAUGGUGCUGACGCUUACAUUGAUGACAUCGGAAAGUUGAUUAAUCUUAAAGAUGGUUCUAUUAGGACUGCUCUUGAUACUGGCUGUGGGGUUGCAAGCUGGGGAGCUUAUCUUAUGUCGCGUAACAUCAUAACAUUAUCAAUUGCACCAAGGGACACCCACGAAGCACAAGUUCAAUUUGCUCUGGAACGAGGAGUUCCUGCAUUGAUUGCUGUACUUGCCUCCAAGAGGUUACCCUUCCCUUCCAGAUCUUUUGACAUGUCACAUUGUUCUCGCUGCCUCAUCCCAUGGGCCGAACACGAUGGGAUUUUUCUAAAUGAAAUAGAUAGAGUACUACGCCCUGGAGGGUACUGGAUUUUAUCUGGACCACCAAUUCACUGGAAAAAACACUGGAAUGGUUGGCAGAGAACAAAGGAGGAUUUGAACGAAGAACAGAAAAAAAUUGAGAAGGUUGCUAAAAGCCUUUGCUGGAAUAAGCUUGUUGAGAAAGACGAUAUUGCCAUUUGGCAGAAACCCAAAAACCAUUUAGAUUGCAAAUCCAUUACAAGCCGCCCUUUCUGCACUUCACAAGACCCUUCUGACAAAGCCUGGUAUACCGAUUUGCAAACAUGUUUGAGUCCUGUUCCUCAUGUAUCCAGCAAAGAAGAAACUGCUGGUGGGAAUUUGGAAAAUUGGCCACAGAGACUAAACUCCAUUCCACCAAGGAUUCAGAAGGCUACCAUAAAAGGGGUAUCUCCUUCAGCUUUUUCAAAAGAUAAUGAGCUUUGGAAGAAAAGGGUGUCAUAUUAUAAGAAAGUGAACAAUCAACUAGGAAAGUCUGGGAGAUACCGCAACAUUUUGGAUAUGAAUGCAUACUUGGGUGGAUUUGCCUCUUCUCUAAUUGAGGAUCCUGUUUGGGUCAUGAAUGUGGUUCCUGUCCAAGCUAAGGUUAACUCACUUGGAGCAAUAUAUGAGCGUGGAUUGAUUGGAAUAUAUCAUGAUUGGUGUGAAGCAAUGUCUACUUAUCCAAGAACCUAUGAUUUAAUUCAUGCUGGUUCACUGUUCAGCCUUUACAAUGGCAGAUGUGAAUUGGAAGGCAUUAUGCUAGAAAUGGAUAGGAUUUUAAGACCUGAAGGAGCAAUAAUAAUCAGAGAUGAUGUUGAUGUACUGUUGAAAGUAAAGAGCAUUGGUGAUGGAUUGGAAUGGCAGAGUCAAAUUGUAGACCAUGAAGAUGGACCACUUGAAAGAGAGAAACUUCUAUUUGUUGUCAAGAAGUAUUGGACUGCUCCUGCUGCUGCUUCAUAGAAGACUAAUUAAAUACUUAUAGAUUUUUUUUUUUAUUUAGUUUUUCUUUCACGUUUUAUUAUGCUUUAUUUCUCUGUUUUUUUUUUUUUACAUUUUAUUCUUUUAAAGAAUUAACAAAUUUUUGGGAGGGGUGUAUGCACACAUUUUUUUUAUGGAGUGCCAUUUUUCUUUCAUUUUGCAGAAAGCAUUGUCUGAAGAAUAAAAAGCAGUUAAGCCCAAAUCUUUAUAGCA